UCAUUGGGGAAUGUUUAUACCGGCCAUAAAAGGACAGGGCACAGAUGAACAGCAGAAAAAGUGGUUGCCGUUGGCCUAUAAGAUGCAAAUAAUUGGGUGCUACGCUCAAACUGAACUUGGACAUGGGUCCAAUGUGCAAGGCCUUGAGACCACUGCCACAUUUGAUCCUCAAACAGAUAAAUUUGUCAUUCAUAGUCCUACAUUGACGUCAAGCAAGUGGUGGCCUGGUGGAUUGGGUAAAGUCUCUACCCAUGUUGUUGUGUACACUCGUCUUAUAACAAAUGGUAAAGACUAUGGGAUUAAUGGUUUUAUUGUCCACAAAUCUCUUCCAGGUGUUACUGUUGGAGACAUUGGAAUGAAAUUUGGAUAAUGGAUAUUAAGACAAAUCUCUUCCAACAAAUGCUGAUGAGGGUUUCACAAGUUACCAGAGAAGGAAAAUAUGUCCAAUCUGAUGUUCCCCGACAACUUCUUUAUGGGACCAUGGUAUAUGUUCGGCAAACAAUUGUAUCAGAUGCUUCAAAUGCUUUGUCUCGGGCUGUGUGUAUUGCAACCA